AUGAUACCACAAAAAAUAUGGCAAAAGGAUCGUGAGGAAAUUAAUAUAGAAGCUGGGAAUGAGUUAGAUCAAAUCUGCACUGAUGGGUCAUCUAAUCCUGCCAAUGGCAGCAUUCACUGGCAGACGGAGUACGCCCAGGCAGCGAUCAAGUGGGCCACCGACUACUUCCUCAAGUGUCACACCGCCAAGGACGAGUUCUGGGGCCAGGUUGGGGAUAGUUGUAUUGACAGCAACUUGUGGGGGGCACCGGAAUACAUGACCAUGGAGCGGCCUUCAUACAAGAUUGACGAGGAAAACCCAGGAUCAGAUUUGGCUUCUGAGACUGCAGCUGCCCUCGCCGCCUCCUACAUGGUCUUCAAGAAUGUGGAUCUGGAGUAUGCCACUCAGUUGCUCGACGUGGCCAAGGAACUUUAUGAGUUCGCUGACAACUUCAGGGCGACUUACGACCAGUCCAUCGAUGACGCCUGCACCGGGUACCACUCGUGGAGCGGGUACGGGGACGAGCUGUGCUGGGCUGGUCUCUGGCUCGCCAGGGCGACGGGCAACGACUCCUACCUCACCCGCGUCAAGGGCCAUUGGGACGAGUUUGGGUUCGAGUACUCUGCUGCUUAUCAGUUCUCCUGGGACGACAAGACAGCAGGAGUCUAUGCACUUUACUGGCUGUUGGACGGCUCCCAGGACUAUCUGGACCACCUUAAUAGGCACUUAAACUGGCUGAAGGACAGCGCUCCCUACACCCCUGAGGGCCUGGUCUUCCUUGGUGACUGGGGCUCCAACAGGUAUGCCGCUAACGCGGCCUUCUUGAGUCUCUGGGCUGCCAAAUACGGCGUUGAUACAGACCUGAACAAUGAGUGGGGAGCAAGACAGAUGGACCAGCUAUUGGGCGCCAACACCCGCUAUAAUAUGUCCUUCGUCGUCGGCUUCGGAGACAAAUACCCUGAAAGACCCCACCAUCGGGGCAGCUCAUGCCCGGAGCCUCCGGAGGUGUGUGACUUCGGGUGGGCGUUCACCCAGCCAGGUCCCAACCCCCACGUCCUGUACGGUGGCCUCGUCGGUGGUCCACUCGAGAUAAAGUUACAGUUCCCUCACAGGAUCUUUAUCUUCCUCAGCUCAUGCCCGGAGCCUCCGGAGGUGUGUGACUUCGGGUGGGCGUUCACCCAGCCAGGUCCCAACCCCCACGUCCUGUACGGUGGCCUCGUCGGUGGUCCACUCGAGAACGGUGAUUACGAGGAUGACCGCCAGAACUAUCAGCAGAACGAGGUCGCCUGCGAUUAUAACGCCGCCUACAGUGGUGCCCUUGCUGCCUUGGUCGAGCUUAGUUAGGACUGCUAUUAAGUUUCUUGCUGAACAGCUCAAGAAAGUGACUCUGAGUUCUGUUAUUUCAAUUAUUCUUUUGUGUACCUCUCUCUGCUUCACCCUUCAUUCUCUUUUUCUCAGACUUUCAUCACUUCUUUACAUACACUCAAACAUAAUUCUUACCUGCAAAAUUAAUAAAUACUGGCAGAGAA